CCUCACCAGCUUCAUGUCAUACUGCGGCCCUCCACUUGAAAAAGGUUGCGGUCUCCAGCUUUAGACUAACCCCAAGAGCGGCGCAGCUGGUGACCCUGCCUUCGGAGAGGAUGACUGAGUGGGGAGUAGCUUGCUAUCAGGAUGGCUGUAAUGACUCUCUGCGGGCGCCUUGCCUUAGUGACAGGUGGCACCAGUGGCAUCGGCGAGGCUGUGUGCCACGCGCUCGCCGUUGAAGGAGCCACGGUGAUCGUUGCCGGCAGGCGUCUCGAUGUCGCCAGGAAAGUGGCCGAGUCACUGCCAGGCGUGGCACAACAUUUGGCGUUCCAAGUGAAUAUCAGUGACUCUUCAUCUGUUGAGUCACUCUUCAACAGCAUUCGCGGUGCAUCCUCACUGCCUCACAGUAUUGUUGUCAACAGCGCCGGCAUUUAUGCCUCAGUUCCUCUCGUCGAUUGCACAGAUGAACUGUUUGACGACAUCAUGAGGAUCAAUCUUAAGGGUGCAUUUUUGGUCACAAGGGCCGCAAGCCGUGACAUGAUUCGCGCAGUAAAGGAGUUACCCACUGGAGGUGCUUCGAUCGUCCAUGUAUCCAGUAUUGCAGCCAAGGGCGGCUGAAUUAACACCUCGGCUCAUUCCGCUUCGAAAGCUGGCGUCAUUGCGCUCACCAAGUCGGCGGCACAGGAACUAGCUGCUUUCGGUAUCCGCUGCAACGCUGUGCUCCCUGGAUGGACUGAUACACCUAUGGCAGCGCCUUUGUCCAAGGAGCAUAAGGCCGCUGCGUGCUCUAUGUCAGCGCUCAAGAGGUCUGCUCAUCCUCGCGAGAUUGCUGAGGCCAUCAAGUUUCUAUGCUCACCCAUGGCCAGCUCUUACAUAACAGGAGCUGCGCUUGAGGUGACUGGCGGGAUAAAUAUGUGAAUAUAUCCGAGUCUUAACGCUAUCUCUCGCUAACUCCCUCUUCUAUACUUGUUUGACUUCUGGCAAUGUUGUAAAUUUUCUAGACUUAACAGAGACGUUCAUAGCUGAAAACUAAACAAGCUCGCAUGUAAAAACAAAUUAAUAUUUUGACAGAAAACUCCGUGUUUAGAAGUUUUAUUAUUACUUUAGUAGAAAAACCACAUUCAAGAUGCCAUGUAUAUCAAUUUUUAUUCUAUAAUGCUGGUUUUUCUUUGAGUUAAUAACUUACCACUAACGUUCUCACAUGUUGAGUUAGGUUACAAUGGAGCGACAUACAGCAGAUACGGCUCUAGAAAGUGUCAAAGCCUUCUUACGAACAUUCUGUAUUGAACAAUACCGCUUCACUAAUAAAUGAUGGUCGUUAGUUUUGCAUAAGUAACUGCCUAAACCCCAUUACUCUAUUAAAUCAUUUGUAUUGAUAUGGCGCA